ACUAGAAAUACACAGUCAACAGAACAUUUGCAUAAAGUCAGAAUGGGAAAAUUUCUGAUCUGCAUGACAGUAGCACUGUGCAUAUUUCCAUCGGAAAUUAUUGCAAGGAAUGCUGGGAAAAUUCUAAGUUCAAAUGGGAACCGAUUGUCUUCAAUUCUGGUUAAACGAAACAAUCAGCAAUGUGAAAACGUACAGGAGUACCACGAUACAGGAUACAACAUUAAUCUUGCCAGUCUAUGUCCGUGGGAAAAUAAGCUGAAAAGUGAACGGGGACAGUUUUAUUAUGAAGCGGAAUGUCAAUGUGACCGACCAAGCGCCAGUUACGUCACCAACGACAACAUCCGGUGUGAAGAGGCUUAUAAAUCUCUUAAAUUUGAAAAAGUAAUCUGCUCAAGUAAUGGAUGUAGAAUAGGUUUUGUGGAAAAAAGAGUCCCAGUUGCAUGUGUAGCGAUUUACUCAGGCUAACCACCAGUUCUAUAUCUGUUCAUGGUAGAGUGACUCCUACUAUUUGUUAUGCAUUUGCCGUUGUCUUUCAUUUUUUUGUCUGUUGAUUUCAAG